CAAUAUCGAAGAACACAUGUCGUAGGUGUCUUCUCAGGUGGCGCCUUAGCAACAGUUUGUUUCUUAUACCGAUCGGAUCAACACGUUCGUUUUUUAUAAACCCGUUCCUCGCACGCACAACUUGAUAUUAAAAUAUUAUUUUAUAUAUUAUUUUAUACGCAUUAAUAUCAAACCGCAUAAGGGUUUUUUUUUUUUUUCAGUGAACAAAUAUUAUAUUAUUGCUAAUCCUUGAAAAAAAAAAAAGUGUUGUGGACAUUCAUAAAGUUAUACGAUAAACAAAAAUAUUGCGGGACUACGAUUCUUUUGGUAUGUAACUAUUUUUGUUUUUUAUUAUUAUUUUGCACGUUAUAAUAAUUAUAUUAUAAACGACAUACCUAUAUAUACAUAUAUAUUUAUAUAUAUGUACUAACGAACGCAUUUUAUUUUGCCACCUACCUUUUCUACCUACUUACCUACACUUAUUUAUUAUUUUUUAUAUUUUGUUUUAUUUAAACGAACAAGUAGGUAGGUAUACACAUGAUAUUUAACUACGAUUUAUUAUAAAUGUUUAAUGCUGCGAUAAAUAUAAAUCGCACUCGCAUUUUAUAAGUUUUAAUAAUUUUGUCGUAUAAAAUUCGAAAGAUUAGGUAAGUCGCGAAAUAUUUUUUUGUUCGUUUUUAGACACGGUUUCUCGUAUACAGUACCUAUCUAUAAUAAUUAGGUAUUGUAUGAAAUCGAAAAGAAUAAAAUAAAUUGCAUACUAACACUGAAGAUCCUAUAACAUAAUAAUAUUGUGUUUAAUUGUGAAGAAUAAAAUAAAGUAAUAAAAAUAAAAUUAAUACCUACACAAAUAAUACAAUUGUCAUGUUCGACGAAUAAAAAUUCGUCGAACUUAACAUCCUACAACUUUUACAACUUGACAUUACGUUGGUACCUACCUAAUUAAAUGUUAAUUGUACGAAAUGCGAAUAUGAAAUCGUUUCCGUAUGGUGUAUUUUAUACUACCUACCAGUUUAAUAAGUAGGUAUAAAUAAUAUUUAGCAAUAUUUUAUGAUUAUAAGAUACGUUUGUUAAAAGAUUGUAUACUUCAGUGGAGUUCUGAUUGAGUCCAAGCUUUUUUUUUAAAUUCGAGUUAAAGUAUUUAAUUAUCAUUUUGAAAAUAUUACAAUUGCUGAUGCUACAGGUAGAAAUACAUGGAUACGUAUUCCAGUGGUGUACCUUCGUAGACUUUACUUCAGAGAGGGGAGGGAUAUGUGUUUUGAUUGAAAAAUAGACAUGUUACAACUACAACAUUAAUUAUAUUUAAUUAUAACAGAUAGAUACGGCAAUCGGGCUAUACAAAAUGUUUUAAUUUAUAACGUGACAUUUAAAUAAAUAAAAAAGGAUAUUUGUAUCGUAUUAAAUCGAUAUUUUUCAUACUCGGAGGGUGCCCUCCCUUAAAAUACGCCGCUGGCCUGUUCUUCAUUACUCAUUUUUACUACAUUUUAUUGAACAAUUUUUUGUGAAAUUUAAUUAAUUGUUAAAUAUGACGUGUAUAUAAUUUAGUUUUAUCAACACGCGUAUCAUAUAAUAUUAUUAAUAGAUUAAUAUUAUCAAUCAACAAGCUGGUUAUUUAAUGUAUGUUUGUACAACACAAAUAAUUAGGUAUUAUUUCAAUAAUAUUAUUAUGCUACAAUAACGAUACGUCAUAUAAAAUAAUAUGACGUAUUUACAAAUAUUAUGUAAAUUUAAAAUGCCCAUAGGAUACAAUUUAAGCAAGUAGGUAUUUUCAUGUAGGUUUCAUAAUAAUAUAGAUAUACCUGCUCUUGUUUUUUUUUUUUUUUUCUAUUCACUAGAUAUAGGUAAUUAUUUCGAGUAUUGGAAAAAAAAAAGUUAUAUACUGCCGUUUAACGAUGUCUUAAUAUUACAGUUUUUUUUUUCUUUGAAAUCCUAACCAGCCGAAUAUUAUCAGCUCAUUGGACUACAGCGUGUAAACGACCGGACAUCGAGUCGAGUUUUGUAAAAGGGGCCCGUCAAACUAUAAUAGAAGUACUAUCUUCUCAAACUCUUGACACACCCUCAUGCCAACACUUUUUUUUUUUUAAUUAUUUUAUUAAAUUUGUAAGUCGUCAUGUUGCAGUUAACGAGUUAAAACUGGUUAUUAAUAUAUUAGGUAUAUUAUACGCUGCAUUUCCUCGCCAGAGUAAUAUUCACCUUUUUUUGUACGACAAUAUACGAGAUAAUAUAUUAAUAUAAUUAUUACAAUAUUAGAUCGUGAUAUUUUUAACAAAAUCCAACGGGUUUUUUUUUUCAAUUUUUCAUAUUAAUCUCACCCCACUUGCUUAGCAGAGACUAAAAUAAUGUGUUUUCGAGCAAACAAAGUUUAGUACGAAAUGUUAAGAGUACAAUUCGAAAUUACACCGUUGAAAAGAAAUUGUUCUUUGAAAGAGCCCCAGGGAGCCAAAAAUGUAAAUACGUCUGCAGUUAAGCAAUUUUUGAUUUGUUCGUUGUUUCAAAUGUUUCAAAUUUCUAAAUGAUAUUAAUUUUGGAUUUUUCGAAAAUUAAAAUGUUGAAAAAAAAUUAAUGUGUGUUUAGUCAUUGGAAAAUUAUGAAUACUAUGGUGUAUCUAUAACUAAGAUCUAACUUAGCACGACUGAGUCUACAUAGACCCACGCAGAUAUGAACACAUUCAGAUUUGUAGGUACCUAUAUAAUAGAUAUUAUAAGCAAUAACCAUCAUUCAUGUAAACAAAUAUAAUUACCUACUCUAGUAGGACCGUCAAAUUUACUGUUGGAAUGUAUACCUUAACGAUUUUAAUUUAUAAUAAUAUAAUAUUACCUAUGCAAACAAUUUUAUAAGUUUAUGUUGAGGUAGUAAUACAUGGGUAAUACAUACUCACCUAUUGGUUAUAACGUAGGCGGUACUCUGCAGUUAAUGUGUGGAGAUUCGUUGGCAAGAUAUUUUUGUAUGUCGACUCGAGAAUAGGUAGGAAUAUUAUACUGCCCUACCGGAUAUUGUUAAAAAAACAAAAAUUAUUAAAAUUUUAAUAGAUAAGUAUUUACCAAAAUUUAUUUUUUAUAUUACUCCUACACGUUUGAUUAAAUAAUUAUACAUAAGUUUAUUUAUAUUUAGGCAUUUUUAAACAAUGAAAAUAAAUAAAUUACAACUUGGUCGUACACUAUUAUGUAUCAUAUUAUUGCUGUCUGAAGUAUUUUAAGUUGUGCAUUUGAUUAAACCUGUAAAAAGCAAUAGGUAUUUUAAUUUAUAACACCAAUCAAAUUAUCACUUUUAAUUAUAUUUGUUGGACAAAUGACUAGCUUUUCUCCAUAUACUUUAUGGAGAAACCAUACAUUUAUAACUUUACUUGGUUAAUUUCAUCAUAUCCUGGUUCAACUGUCUACCAUUAAAAGUAAAUAGUUCUCACUAAGAAUAACAUUCAAUAUUAAUAUAGGUAGGUAUUGAAAUUUGUUGAGUAGACAAACGUAAGAAAUAAGUACUAAGUAAGUAGGUAGGUGUUAAUAUGUUAUGAAAUCGAAUCUUGGGGGUCAAUAUACUAAUUCUUUUUUAAAUUUAUUAUAGGUACCUAUUAAAAUAUCCAUAAACAUAAUUAUUCUUCAGUUGAUUAUGUUAUAAAUUUAAAAAGACGUCUUAAGAUUAUGGGGACGGGUGCAGCCACUGUUAUAGGUAAUUUAAUAUAUACCUGUGAGCAACGAUAAACCAUUACUUAUUAAAAAACAAUUCUGAGCAGAUUUCAGUUGAUAGUGAAGCUUUUUAACAAUAUAUAAUAUGUCAUAUCACAGUAAAAUAAUUAAAUAGGCUUCCUAUAUUUUCUUUAAAAAUAUUUGUUUAAUGUUGUACCGUUUUUCCCAUGUUUUAUCCUGGGUUUUCACAUUUGCCUGUAAAACUUUUGGGAAAAUCGAAAAAUGAUCUCUCUAAAGUACCUCCCCAGUAAGAUUUCAUUUUAGAAACAUUACUAUCAUUAUAAGUUUGAGAAAAAUUGCUAGUUGAAAAGUGGUGCACAGGAAAAAAAAAAAUCUUAAUAUUUUAGUAAUAUAUUUCGUACAUUUUACGGUUUUUCAAAUUUGAUAAGAAAACUCCUAAGAAAAUCAAAAAUAAAUCUUCCUGAAGUUCCUCCCCACACUGAUUUCUUUUCAGAAAUGUUACUACACGUAAAAAUCUGAGUAAGUUUUCUGGUAGAAAAGUCACGCACGGAUAAAAAAAAACAUCUUUGAAAAACCAUGAGCUUCUUUGCUCCACUCAGAAUCUAAAAUGUUUUUAAUUCGUUUAAGUAUAUAAGUAAUAAAUAGAUAAUAAUUAAUAAUAUUAUAAUAUGUAAUUACCUACAUAUUAUUUACCAAUGUUACUAAUAUUUAUGCAAUUUCCAACUUUUACCUAGAGGAAACAUAAAAGGCUUUCAAUUAAAAAAGUUUAGUAGAUUAAAAUAAAAUAUUUGAAAUUAUAAUUGUCUAUAUAGUAUUUAUAAUUAUUGAUUAAAUUAUGUUGUUUAAAAAUGAGUUAAAAUUAAUUUAGUUAGAUAAUGUCGGGGUUAUUUUUUUUAAGUACAAAGUUUUAAUUAAAAGAUAAUAUUUAGCAUUUUUGAGCGCAUGAUAUUGAAAAAUUUGAUAUUUUCUUUUGCAGUUUUAGUUAAAUUAAUUUCGGAGAAAAAUUAUUAAAAUACAGGUAACUAAAUAUUUGUAACAGUAGGUCAAACUUUAAUGGUAUUAAAACUUUAUUAUUAAAUACCAUUUUAAAGUAUUUAGUUAAUGUUAAACACUUUUCCUAGGAUAAUAGUAGUUACACAUUUAAUAAAUACAUAUUCUAUACAACGUUGUUUGUGCUAUAUAAACAUUAAACAUGACGUAUCUACUCGUUUUUUGUAUAAAUCUUUAACUUUGUAUAUUUAUGUAGGUAGGUACUUUUAUAAAUAAUAAAUAGAAUACAAGUAGAUUUACAAAAUUAGUACUGAUUGGUACCUAUUUAAAACACUUCUAUUCAAAUAUACUUCAUAAGAUUAAUUACACGUUGUACAUCUUUAUAGCCGUAAUCGUUGGAAUUGAUUUCCUUUAAGUACCUAUCUCCAUUCUGUAUUAUAUACGACUUCCUGUGUUACAAUACCGAUAUUAUAGCACUAAGUUUAGCAUUUUAAGCAUAUUUGAUUAAUGAAGAUGACUAAUACUUGCCGUUUGUGUGUUGGGGGCAAGGUUGGCGUUAUAAUAACAAUAUUAAAGGACGGGACGGACAGACGGCCAGUUUCCAAAUAAGGGCUCCUCUGGCUCGCCUACUACCACUCACCGCCACUACCAACUGUCGUUCGACCUUACAAUUUUGUAUAUGACACAAAUCCAGCACAGCUAGUACAUUGCAAUAUCCUAAACAUGCUACUAAAUGCUAUAUAUUAUUGGAAUUAUCCUAUUUAUAAUAAUACAUUAUAAUUAUUUUUAUAUUAUAUAUAAUUAACUUCUGAAUGCCCAUUUCCACGCUCAUGUUGAAUCGAUUAAAAAUUACAGUUAAAAUUCAAAUAUACCGUAGAUCACAAUAAUAUAUGUAUAUAAAUAUAUAAUUCAUUUCUACAGUACCAGUAUACAAAAACAAAAAUAUAAUAUUAGUACCUGACUAAAUUAAUCUACCGUAACUAUAGUAAAUCAAUGCAAUAUUCGAGUUGAUAAAAAUAUUAUUUUUUUUGAAACGCACACGUUAUUUUCGUUAGAUACCUACUGACGAGUGGCCCACGAAGAUUUAAUAAUGAUUUUAAACGGUUGGCAAUGUGGUUUACGUUACCCCACUAUUAUAUUUAAGUAAAUUCUCGUGGGACAUUCUGUUAUAUAAGUAUAAAACGUGUAUGAAGAUCUAGUUUUAGGAGUGUCGAUUUUAAAUAAUAAAAUAGAGCUGCCAUAUUUAUGUACGUAGUAUGUUAGUAUGUACUUAUAAUAUGUCUUAACUAGUAGGUAUGUAUCUAUUGUGAUGUAUACACAAUUUCUAUAAUUUAAAUUAAAAAUCAAUGAUUUUUUUUCGAAAUGUAUUUAAAAACCCAUAAAAAUAAUCGUAAAUUACGGUAGUUAUAUUGAAUUACUUUUACUAUUUUACUGUAUAUAUACUUAUGUACAAUUCGUAAAAUAAUUCAAAAUUAAUUUAUUGCCUACUGUAAAUAUAUGUGUAUACUUACAAUAUAUUAUGUACGCAUCUGGCGUUUCAUUUCAAUAGGGUUUUGUAAAAAAAAAAAAUAAUAAUAAUAAAAUAAAGGGACGCGUCACAAGUACGUGCUUGCGCAUUGAUAGGACAAGCGAUGUCUUUCACAAUAGAAAAUAUCAAGGAAUAUAAACGACUUAAUUAAUAUUACGAGCAGAAGCGCAGGAUAAACGAACGUACACGUGCAUGAUAGGUAACCUACCUAAUGUCUAUAUUGUAUGCAAUAUAUAGUACAAUAUGAUGUGUUAAAUGUGAAUGGUGUAUGAUAAUUCAUUGCUACAGUUACUGUUAUAACUUAAAACACAUAAUAUAAAUUUCCAAAGAUCAGAGUAAUCGAUAAUAUUUUAUAUGCAAGAGUAUAUUUAAAGCAAUAAUAUUAUGAUUGUAUUGAAAUCAUUUUUGAUUUUAAUACUAAGAUGUAAAAUAUAAUUGAUUAUAAUUUAUAAGUAUAAUAUUUCUCGUACAUUUAUAACCGCUAUUAUUUUUGACCAGAUGUUUUUAAUUUAAUAUACAGUACCUAUAAAAUAUGUACUUGUACAUCUUAUAAUUUUGAAUAAAAUGUUCAUUGUAAUUACAUGUUUUAGAAAUGGUCUUCUAAAUAAAUUAUGAGCAUAACAGUAAUUACAGAUAAUGGGAUGCACGAGAGGGUAUCACACCUUCAAACUUAGAAAUUUAAUUUAACGAUAUUUUAAGUGUAAAUUCGGCAAACUAAUAAUUUCUUCUUCUUCUUUUUAUUAUUAUUAUUAUUAUUUUUUUGUAUUUUAUUACGUGAUUAGUGAUUAUCGUUAUACUGUUACAAUAUUAUUUUUCUUCUUUUCCACUAUUCUUGGUCUUUAAGUCCAACCCUCCCAACACAUGUACUUCUUUUCCUCUCUAUCCAUUUCCAAUGCUUCCCGUUCUAUCCAGGGUUUAGUCUUCAUAACAUCUUCAUUCAUUCUAUAAUCCUAUCUUAAUCGUGGUUUCCCUUCUCACGGCUAUAUUCCUUAAAUCUUCUUUCUGAACAAAUCUCAGUAGAGACUGUACUUUUCGCCUUGCAUGGACAACCUAAGUAAGUAAUUUUUUGUUAACUCCUCUAUAGUACUUAGUCCCCUAUGUAUAUACCUCUCGGGUUUUUCUUAUUCGCCAUUUAUCUAUAACUGUGUCUCUACAUGUGUUAUAUAUAUACUCAACAAUUUUAUUUUCGAAUACUUGUAGAGAGUUUUUGUUCAAUUUCCGGUCUUCUGGAGCGUCCAUAUCUUUGAACCAUACAUUACGACUGGUCUUAUGAGUGUCUUAUACAAUUGUAGUUUUAAAAUAGUCGACAAAACUCUGGAAUGUAGCAGGUUACUGAGUCAAAAAUAUAAUUUAUUGUCGUUUUGUUCUCGUUUUUACCCACCUCCUUCAUUGAUUUUUGUUAAUCCCAACAUAUACCUAUAUAAUAACAGGGACCUCAUAUUAAAUUUUGAGCCCCUGUACUAAAUUUUUGUUCGGGCCCUUUACAGAACUUUCAAUAAUACAAUUUACCAUACAUUAUUAAAUACCAAGAUUCAUAAGUAUUUUGAUAAUAAUAAUAUUUUUAAAAUUUUUUUUUUUAUUACAAUAUUAUCUGAAAAAAAAAGAAAACAGGGAGUUAGGACGCUAGAUAUAAAAAUCUAAUCGUUCUAAUCGAAAAUCGUUACAAUCCAUUACAAGCGAUUCGAAAGAUCCAAACACGUCUAAAUUGACUAAGCGCAUGUAUUUUCAAAAUUUAAUUUGCUUGUAUUGAAAAUUGCACAAAAUUGGCCUUUCUUCUCUGCAGGGACCAAAUAUAUACAGGUACCUGUAGGUACCUAUUUAUUAUUUGAAAGGGUAAAAAUAAUACUUUAUAAUACAAAUCAUACAAGUAUACAAUAAUGGUAAGGCAUUGCAUUUUUAAAAAUUAUUUUUUUUUUCAUUGUUUCUCAUCAUGUGGACGUCAGAGUACAGACUUCCGGUUCCGUCGACGUGAACGGUUGAAAACAAUGGCCAAUUUGUCACUUCUACCUUGCGUAUCAAGAAUAUUAAAACGAUAAUUUUUGUAUUAACAACAUAUCAGAAACAGUUACGUGGCUAAUAAACCGAGAAGAGUUUGACUUCCUAAGCUCAAUACCUAUGUAUAAUAUACGAUUAGCAAUCCGUUUAAUAAUAUAAAAUGAAAAAAAUCGAAUAAUAAUAAUUAGGUGUCCAUUGAACCUUAUAUUAUAAUAUGGUCCGUCGAUUAAACCCAUCUACUUCGUUUACCCUCGUUUAAAUCGCUGGCCACCUAUUAUGUCACGUACGCAAUACAUAAUAUUAUACCUAGGUAUCUAUAUUGUAUACAAUAAAAUAUGCACUGUGAUCUCGAGACUAAUAUCGCGUUUGGUUUUAGCGGCUAAACUACUUGAAAAUUGAUUCAUUGUCUAUUGUCUCGAGAUUUCUCUCCCGAUUCGGCCGUACAAUGUUUACAAUUGGAUAUACCAAUAAUAUUAAAAUCUCAUAUAGGUACCUACUCGUACUAUGGUUUAAGUAGGGUAAAUGUUCUAAACCUUGUAAGUCAUAACUGUGGGUAAUUGUGAAAAAUGGUAAAAGGUGAAUAUUAUUUUUUACUAUAAGCCCGUUGAUCGCGACUUUAAUUAUUCUUGUCGAUACAUAGGAUAUAGGUAACAACUGCUAUUAUAUCCUUGAAAGAAAGUGGUUAAAACCGUUGCGGUAUGAAUAUAUUUUUUGAAACUUAAACAUGAUGGUUAUAACUUAUAUUUGUAUUUGACCGCUGUUGUUAAAUGUAUAUUAGCAUAUAACUGUAUGUAUUAGGUAGGUAGCACGUUAAACAAUAUUCCAAAAAUAUUAUUACAAUACUAUACACAUAUACCUAACAUCUGAAGUAACAACGAUCAAUAGGUAGUGAAAAAUUGUUUAAGAAAAACAUUAUAUUAUUAUCAUAUUAUGUACCUAUUUAUUCAAUGUUAUUUUGCGGUUAUGAACCAACCUGUAGGAAGGUACCUCCUAUACAGAUAUAAUAUAAUAUUAGAGAUUAAAUUUAUAGGUGUCAAAAUAUUUUACUCAAAAGACAAGGCACGUGUAAUGAGAAAACGUGUGGGUGUCGUGGUCGAUUGAAACUCUUGUAGGUACCUAUACUGUCUAUCUGUUAUUCUGUAUAGUCCACUUCAUGUAUCACUAGACAUAUUUGUUAUAAAAUACCUAACAAUAUAUAGGUAUGUUUGCAAUAUUAUAGCGCAGUGAAAAGUUUAAAAAAUCAAUUGUUAUCAUAUUAUUAUUAUUAUAAAAACGAUGGCAUUGAACGAAAAUGUUUUAUUCUUGGGCGUUUUAUUUAGAUAAGUAUUUGUUUUAAACAUUAUUUUAAGAAUUCAUUUUUAGCUUUAUAAAGGUAUUACCUAAUUCCGCAAUGUACGUAAUAAUAUCAUUAUUAUUAGUAUACCACUCAAUGUUUUUUCUAACGACUGCUCGUUUUUCUAUAUUAUAGCUCUCAAUGAUGACUUCACAAUUAUAUUACAGCCACUCCUUUUGGUCGUUGGAAGACACCCACUCGUUCGCGUACAGAUUUUUCUUAUAGUGUCUGUCUCGAAUUCGCAACUAUACACACUGCGCGAGUAUUACUACAGAAACACCAUAAUUUUUGCAAACCUACGUGUUUUUAAAAAAUACUUUUAUUUAUUUUAUUAAUCUUCAGAGUAAUUUCGAUUAUGAUCUAAACUAUUUAAAAACAAAUGGUUUUUUAAAAUAUUAUAUUUGUUUUACUCUUACCUAUGUAUAUGUUAAAAUUUCGGAGUCAAUCGACUUUUCCGGUAUCUACCCUAUAGCGGAUAAUGUUUUUUUUUUUUUUUUUAAAUAUGUCAUAAACCAAAUCUCAUAUAAACAAUCGUAUACAAACGGUUACGGUGGCGUCCUUGGCGAAGAUUGACACGAAAAAAAGAAGUUGCAACAUGCGUGAUGAUAAUAUUAUUCCAGUAACUACCAUGUCUGGUCAUGAGGCUUAGUCGUGUUUUAGUGUUGUUCAAUGCCAUUCAAGAAAGAGAGAAUUUAUGCACAAAUAGUUUGACCAAUAAUGUAGUAAUUAUUACGAAUAGACACUUAAAACAUUUAAAUUUGAAUUAAAUAUCAUUAAACAAUAAAACAAAAAAAAUAAACUAAGAUAAAAAUUCGUGUAUAAUAAUACAGUCAGAAGUGUACUCGUGAUGAGUAACCGUAUCAUACAACCAAUGAUUCUGUCCAAUUAAAAAAAAAAAAACAAAUUGUACGGCUUACAUUUUUUAAUAUUUUUUAUUUGUUUGGUAGCUGAUAGUUUUAUUAAAUUAUUGUCAACGUCUAAUUUAUAUACUUAAAACACUAUAAUGUUUUAACGUAAUACACUGUGACUAGAUUACAUGGCGCGUUAGUUAAAUUUUACGGACAUAUAAUAUAAAUAGUAUAUACUCGCCAUUUCCAAUAGUUAAUUCUCUGGUAAUUCUGUCAUAGUGUUGAUCUUCAAAAUCGCUGUAUAUUGUCACUUUCACUUCAUGCCUAUAGAUUUACGGUUUACCGCGUUCGCCAUAGACAUUUAGCUAAUGUUAAGUGUUUAUAUAGGCCAACUCGUGCAGUACUUGUGAAUGGAAUUUAAAUAUUUUAUACUUUUUUUUGUAUGUGUUUUGUAGAUAAAUGCACGCGGUAACAACAAAAGGAUAAUAUUCAGAAUGGCUGCUCGAAAGAGUUGUACCGAAAUCUAGACAUGGAGUCUAGAAUAGGACUUGAUUACAUCGUCGAGAAUCCAGAGUACACAGCGAAACUAGCAACAGGUAAUUACUUUUUUUUUCAAUUGCACUACACGAGUAUACAGGUAUUUUUGAUUUAAAUGAAUAUUUGUUUGAUAAUAUAUUUGACAUACAAUAUUAUUAUAGUAAUACGGUAACUAUAGUAAGUCAUUAUUGUACCGCGAUACGAAUAAUUGCAUUCGUAUGGAAGGUUAGGUAUUAGGUAAUUGUAUAAAACACUAACGUAUAUAUUAUAUAUGUGUACAAAAUGAUCGAUAUAUCUCGAUCGAAAUCAUAAUAAUAUUAAUUAAUCGUAUAAUAAUAUUAUUAAUUAUCAAUACUGACGUUACUCAAGUAUUUUGAAUACCGUAGUAUUCGUGGCCAGGGCCAGGUUAAAUGAAAUCAGUUAUGCUAUACUAUCGUAUUAUUGCAUGUAACAUUUCUCAUUUUACGACGAUAGGUGUAGGUAUAAUAUAGUAAAAGAUUAUAAAACACGCCGAGAAAAAUAUUCAGGAUUGCGUGUGAAGUAGCAAAUCCUAGCUUGGGGCGUGUUAUAAUAUGGCAUAUAGUAUGUAUUAAUCGGUACAAAUUAUGAUCAUAUUGUUUGUCGAAUUAAACUGUACGGUAUGUAUACAGAAAACUAUAUUAAUACGCAUAUUACAUAUUAUUAUUAUUAUUAUUAUAAUACGGUUAAAAUACAUUUUACACAUAUUUCACUGUAUAGGUGUAUAAAUUCAGAGCUCGCGGCUCAAUACAUAGAGAUAAUAUCGAUUAUUUGUAAUGUUAUAAAAUAUAAUCGACCUUGAAAAUAAAAAACAAACCCUUUAAGGUAGAUAGGUAUAGGUACUUAUAUACACGUGGAUGUAGUUUAAAAUUAUAUGUUAUGUGAAUGUCUUGGACGAAUAUUGUGUUAUAGUUCGGUAGGUACGCAUUAUGAUAAUAUAUUAAUACUCGUUUGCGGUUGCCUAAGAUUUACCGUAAAAUAAGUUCAAUUAAAAGUAUAUGCGAAAAAACCCGACGACAACCUCUUGCCAUAUUAUUCGCACGUCGACCAAAUUUUUGAAUGCAUAAAAUACAAUUUAGGUACGGUUUACGACCGUGCAGAUAAUAUCAGAUGAAUUUUUAAUAUUAUUAUAUGUUAUACAAUAUAAAUGUUUGUCGAAAUGUUAUCUUUUUUGUUACCCAUAUCACAUAUAUAAUAUUAUAAUGCAAUGAAAAAAAAAAGAAAACGCCGGAGAGUUUGAAGUGAGAACUACCCAUUUGCGCCGAAAAAUUAAUUCGUUUUGGGUACAACUCAUCUGUAUCAAAAUAAAAAAAGGUACAUUUUUUCCGACAGCCCAUUUGAACCAAAUUUACCUGUGUAUAAUAUACGAUUUAAGGAAAUUGGCUAUGUUCGUAAAAAAAUGUCUCCUUUCUAAUCCGAAGUCUGUGUCUGAUGUUCAAAAAACAUUAAACGUACAGAUUUGAUUACCCUAAAGAUAAAGAUUUUUUAUUGAUUGAUGACGAAUUAUCUAACAUACUUGUAAUAUAGUAAUAUUUACUUGUCAUGCAAUUAACGCGUUAUGAAUAUAAUAUAAAUAUAAUUUUUAUAUAAUAAGUGUAUGACUAUUAUUAACAAUUAUUUUAAAAGAAAUUGUAUUAUUGAUAAUUAGUGAGUUAUUUGGAAUACAAUGCAUUUGUGAAACAAAUUUAUUAAUUUAUUAUAAUUUCUAAAGAAAUGUGUACUAUAACUAUUAUAAUGUUAAAAAUAAAAAUUGAUUAUUAUUAUUGUUGUUAAAAUCAUUGUUCAAAUGUAUAUACAAGUAAAUUUGACGUAAACGGACUAUCGAAAAAAACGUACCUUUUUAAUUUAGACGCAAAUGGGCAGUUUCCUUUGAAGUAUAAUACCUAUAGGCACAAAAAAAUGGUAUUAAAUAUUUAUAAAUGUUUGGUUUAUAGAAAUUACUAACUUUUGAAAUACCUUGAAUCGAAAAUUGUAUUGGCAAGAAAGGUCAAGAAAGGGAAACUUGUUUGUUAUAAAAAAAAACAAUCCGAUUAUGUCUAUUGUAUUGACAUAAUUUUUAUAAUAAGGAGUGUUUACAUAAAAACGCCGGCAGCUCGUUUUAAACAAAAUAGAAAUUAUAACAACUCAUAACAGACAAAGUUGUCGAUUCCAAAAUAUAGAUUAUUUUAGAGUUGUGGUUACAACCGAUAAUAAUAUUAUGUACCUAGUAAUAUUAAGAUAAACGAUUAUUACAGGUACCCAUUAUUUUAUAAACGAUAAAAUAGAAGUUAUGUAAAUAGAAUGAUCGUCCGAGGCGUUGAUAACAUAUUUUUUAAGUCUUGCGUUGUUUACAAAUUUUCAGUGAAAGUAAUAUUCUCAAAUAUUUUCUGAACGAUAGAUUUCAAAAGAUGGCAUCGAAAGAUACAAUUCAUUUUUUUUUCAUUUUAACAAAACUAUAUAUUAUUAACUAUUAUCGCGUACAUUUAUCCGAAACACGCUUUUGACGAAACUAUAUUAAAAAAUAUCGACCCAGGACCCGGUAGAGUUAUAAGGGACAGCACGUUAUCAAAUAAAUAUUCUAUAGGCAAAUCAAACGAUUAUAGUUGUUCGUAUAUUAGGUAGGUAUCAUUGUAUAUUGUAUGGUCGGAGCAAAAACGAAAUAAAACUAUAAUUUUUAUUAUGAAAAUAUUUAAAAAAAAAUCUGCCAUCUUGUUGAACAGUAAAAAGAAGUUUAAAUAUAUUAUAUUUAUCAAUUAUUCGAGUAUUGAUUUUUCAUUUUCUCAGUAUAAAUUGAUUUGUACGGUUCAAAUAUAUACUAUUAUAUAGUUCAACUUCAAAAUAUCUUUUAAAAAAUAUUUUCAAUUGCUUUAAUAUUUUUAAUUGUUUAUUUGUUUAUUUUGGGUUACCAAUUCACUAGCUAUCCAUCGUCUUUUUUUUAACUUGGUCUUUACGCCUCAUCUCAGUUUUUUUCCUAUCGGGUUCUGUUCUAACACAACGUAUUCUAUUGUAUCAAUCAUUUAAUCAUAUUAUCAUAGAUCCUACUCUGUAUGGAUGAGCUAUUCGAUACCUCGAAUCUCGAUACCUUAAGACAGUAUCGAAUAUCGAAAAAUAGGUAAUUUUUUGGUAUCGAUUUCGAUAUUUUAUUAUGUUAAAAUAAUAAAUGUUAACGUUAUACCUAACUACGUUGUGAUUUUAAUUAGAUUAAAUAAAUAAAGUAUUUCAUUAUUUUUAUUUUUAAUCUGUUUUCCUUUUACAUAUAAACAGUGCCUAAAAUUAUAUACAUUGGCAAAUUUAGUAGUGUGCAAUUUACGAUUAGUAUACUUACUAUUUUAAUGUAAGUUAUGUAUUAGCUGUAUCGUAUGUAUGUUAUUUUCUACCUAAUGAUAUUAAUUUAAUAUUUUUAAAAAUUCUCAAUAAUUUUUCCGAUUUUUUCAUGCAGUAACUUAGAAGUUUUGGAAUUUCUAACUGGUGGUAUUUUACCGUCAUUAAGUUAAAUAUCUUUUUAAAUUCUCAAAACUUCAUCCCCUAGAGCCUUUAUUUUGUUUUAUUCUCGGAAAAUUCUUUUUAUGGUUAUUAAAAAUGCACUCAGUUACAAUUCACGAUACACAAUACAAUUUAAUUGGAUAUUCGAUAUUAUCUAUUUAAUUAAUAAUAAAUUAUGUAAAUAUUUGUUUCAUGGGAAACGGUGGGGAUGUGUACAGUAGUAAUCAUAUGCAUUACAUGCAUUUUAAGUACUGCAUCUAAAUAAUUCUUAAUAGUGUUUUAUAACAAUAAAUAAUAUUAAUGAUUAAUGUAUUAAUAGUUGUAUUUUGUUUUUAUUUUUGAAUUAAGGUAUCGAGUAUCAAAUUAUAAAUUUUAGAUUUUUUUUCGCCCAUCUGUAUUAUAGGGACUUAAAGUAUAGAUAAGUACAGUAAAAAUGUAAAAUAUAAAUUGUUGAGACUUUUCACGUUGCAUGUUAUCCCCAUCGAUAAUAUUUUAUUUAUUGUUAUUUGCCGUGAUAACGAAAUUAAAUACAAUUUUCAUAGGUGGGGAUGGAUAUAAAAUCAUUUUAUGGGUGGUGCUAAACUGCUAUACAGUUAUUUGGUAGGUAAUUUAAUUACCUAGAUAUGCAUGUAUAAGCAAUCAUCGCCCAAAUUAUUUAUUCAUUGAUGCUUACAAUAUAACAAAACAUAUUAUAAUUUGAAAACAAUUUGUCUUUAUUUAGCUAUGUAAAACAAACCUGACCAAAGUAUAUUCAUUAGAAUAUUAAAUUUUAAUUAAAUACUGUUUAAUAUUAAUUUUAACCAGUUUUAUAACUAGUAACUUCGCCUUUCUAUUAAUUGUAUUAUUAUAAUUUUACACAUGUAUUAUAAUAAAUUAUAUACCUAAUUUCUCAACGAAAAAAGGUCAACAUCCAAAUCAAGUGGGUGCUAUAGCAUGGUUAAGCAAUCAGGGAUCCGUCCCUGAUUAUAUGUCAUCACCUAUAGAUAAAGUACGCGUUUUAAUAGUAUUUUAUUUAUACAAUAUUAUUUAAGUAAAUUGUAUGGAUGUCAUUAGGUAUAUUACAGAUUUUAAUUAUUUCAUUCAAUUAAAAUUAAAAUUAAAUACUAUAGGUAUAGGUAGAGGUAGUAUUAAAAAAAAAAAACAACAACAAACGAUUUAUUUGGUGAUUACCUACAAUAUGUUUAUGAUAUUAAAUGAUUCAUUUAGACAUUCGUUUGAACAAUAAAUUUUUUAUCAAUUAUACGUAUGCAAUAUUUGAUUACGUACCUAUAUACAAGUUUCGUAUAAUUGCGAUUUACGUUUCUAGAAAAUACAAGAGCGAAUAUAAUAUGUAGGCAAUUGAAUUUGAUUUAAUUAUCUUUGUAGCUAGUGCUUGACGGCGUGUAUUUUAUGUUUAAAGAAUUAUUUGGAUUUAAUGAUAUUUUUCUGGGCUAUUGGAAACUUCAAUGAAACCGCGGGCGCCCGGUCAGGUAGCCGGACUAGUACGCGUAGCGUGACGUCACUACGUGUAUCUAUAAUAUAAUUCUUGGCGAAAAAACCAGUUUUAACACCUACAUACCCAUAGAGACCGACCGAACCGUCUAAAAACUCUUAUAAUAUUGCCGUGUGCAUUUUCUAUAUAGGUACGCGGGUAGCCUAUAUUAUUAUUAUUAUUAUUAUUAUUUUUUUUUUUUAUGUAAUCUUUUCAACGAAUUUUUGUAUAAUAUAAUAUUACUUAUACGUACGUCUCGCAUUAUUUCAUUGCCGUCUUUAUAAUAUUAUUGUAUAAAACAGCCGUUGUAGUUGCUUAACCAUCAUUGCACAUCAGCUGUGUACGACGAUAAUAAUAUCAUACCUACAACUGCAGUAAAACUAUUUCGCUGCAUCCAGAGAGCUGUUACGCUAUUACGGCCGACGAGAGCACCCCACGCUGAAUCAACAAAAAUCUAAAAAAAAAGUUCGAUAUUUUAUAGGUAUACAAUAGAUUUGUUUGUACCGAACAAACCAGAUGUUCGUCCCGCCGUGACAAUUUCCCGUACAGACUUUGCCGUUAAUUAACACUCGGACACUCUUAUCGAACGUAUAUUAUUAUAUAGGUACCUAGUUUAUGUUUUUACGAAUACGCAUAUUAUAUAUUAUAUAGACAUAGGUAUUACCUUUGUAUGUUAUACGUAUAAAUAUUUUUUUUUUUGUAAACGUGAUUAUUCCAUAUUAGGUAAAUCCUUUUAACGUGCCGCUACUAUUAUUAAAUUAUUACUAAUUCGAUUUAAUUGAAAUGUUUGCGCAAUACCGUCGAAUCUAUACUAGGUAUAGACAUUAUAUUAUAUCUCUAUAUGAUACAACUUGUACACUUGAAUGUAGAAACGUUUUACACGUUAGGAAAUAAGAUCCAGUACAGAGAUAUAAGUAUAUAUUAUUUAUAAUUAUUAUCAAAGAAAUAUUUGUUUAGGAAGUUACCUUUUUUUUGUGUUCUUAUGCGAAUAAUCACGCAUUUCGAAUCUUUAUCUUUUUUAAUUUUUCAAUGCGUUUAUCUAUGUUUAAAGUAAUAAUGCAUCAUAAGGUAUUAUGAAUUAGGUAUAUUUAUCUGCAUCGAUAUAAAUAUAGAUAUAGUAAAUCAUAAGUGAAUAGAACAGCAAAUAUGUACUUAAAACCGGAAUUAAUUACUAUUCUAAUCUUAUAUUAUUAUUAUUAUUUUAUUAAGUUAAUCAUAAGUUGGUAUCUUAGAGUAUAUAUCUGCAGGGCAAUGAAUAAAACAACGAGUCGGGUAUACCGCGAGGUAAAUAAUAAAGUAUAUACAUUUAAAUAAAUUGUAAAUUAUAAGCUACAAUAUAUAUAUAUAUAUACCCAUAGGUACUACUCGAUUAAAGACACAUGAAUUAUUGAUUUAAAAUAAAAUGUGUGAUCCGAUAAUAUAAUUUAAUACCUGUUGCUAUUGGAGAAGAACAAAAGUAAGAUCUGAGAGUAGGACUUUCAUGUGGCUCUGUUUGAAUAAUAUUAUUAGAUAAGGUCCUCUUAUAUACAUAUAUUUGUUAAGUAUAAUGUGUUGCCAAAAAGAGCUAAUUACCUCAUUUGUUUUAAAUAUAUGAAUAAUAAUCACCGCGCGCAUCCAUGUGGGUCUGAUUAUAAUCCAUUGUUUUCUCGUGUGUGUGUUAACACUUGAUAUUUUUUUUUUUUUAAGCGAUGUCUUGUGGAGGUAAACGACUAGUUUUUUUUUUCAAAUCUUGCACACAAGUUCAUUCACAAAUGAACGACACUCUCUUCUUAAGUGGGCGAUGUUCUCAAAUAUACGACUAUUUCUACAUUAUAUAUAUAUAUAUUGAAUUAAUAACAUUGUAACUGUUUAUGCUCUUUCUCUCGUGCAAUUUUUUGGGUGCGGCAAGCCCUUCGUUAAAGGUGUCUUGGCCAAGGUUUUUGACGUUGGACUGUAUAUUUAUAAUACGAGUUUAUAAAUAUUUUGAAAUAUAAUCGAUGAGAAUCAAUCGAAAUUUUAAUUAACCGAUAUUAUGUUCGAUAAAAAAAAAAAAACAUACGUUUUCGGUAGUUGAUAGUUAUACAAUAAAAUAUACAUUAGUUUGUUAAAUGAUGAGUGUUUCAAAAUUAUUUGUAUUCACAGUUUGGUUGAUAAAUCAGAAAAUUUAGAAUUAAAAGAUUAAAAGAAUAAUGCAUAUUUCAAUGUGUGUAUUAAAUUUAUGAUACGUUUGAUAAUGCGUUUAUUUUUCUAUAUAGGUAUAUUUUUAAUAAUUUCUCGAACAACAAUUUUCUCCAAAAUACAAAAACCAAAAUCGUCAGUUGUUUACUUAUGUUGUAACUCUGCGUCGUUCCAAUUAAUCAUAAAGAGUUAUUUUUUUGUACUUUGACGAAUAUUAUCUAAUUUCCCCUUGGCUACUAUCAGUGUAAUUUGUUUAGGUACAUAUAAAAAAUAUCUAUUUGAAUAUUUUCAUACAAAUUUGUCUUAAUGUGAGAUAAAAUAAAACAAAACGUGUUUUUAAAUGUUUCUAUAAAUAUAAUUAUAUUGCAAAAUAAAUUAUUGUAUUAUGUAUGCAGGUAUAACAUAUUAAAUUUAAAUGUUUAAUAAGAACUCAUCAAUUACAUACUUGAAGCACUCCAGAAAUUAAAUUGUUAAAUAUUCACAUUGGUACGGUUAAUUUUCCAAAAAAACAAAUAAAUAUAAACAAACGUUUACAAAUAUAUGUGUAAAAUAAAAAAUCAGAGAAUUUUUACAAAAUGUAACAUUAUUAUACAUGUAGGAUACCUAACCAUUUUUUUAUUUUUUUAUUAUUAUAAUAAAAUAUUAUUUAUAUUUUAUUUAAAAAAUCUUUUAGUUAUUAUAUUGUUUUAGGUUUUUUUUUUUACUUAAUUUGUUUUAAAUAUAACCUAUUAUUAUAAUAAUACUUUUUAUUGUAACAUUUAGUCAAUGAAAAUCCGACACUAAAACAUGCUUUCCAAAACAAAAAUAUUUACAAAAAUAUAUGUGGGGGAAAUGACCAUAUUAAAAAAUUUACUUAAAGAAAAUGACCAAUUACUCGAAAAUAGCCGGAGGAAAAAUGUCCAUUUACCGAUUUUCACAUCCUUUUUUAACCAUUAAAGGGUAGAAUUAUAAAAAUCGACCGCCAAAAAUGUAUUUUACUAUUUAUUCGAUAGAUUUUCUAUACAAUUGGUUGGGUUAUUAAAUCGCAUUCAAAAUUUUAGCUCCCUUUAACUUCUUAGAGAUUUAAUUUUGAAAAAUUAUUUUUUAAAAGUUGUCUACGUUUCAUUAGAAAUUUCUGUGUACAAUUUUCAGUUUUUUGGCAGUAAUUUGAGCUGUGUGUUUGAUUUUGUCAGUCAGACGGUUUCUUCUUUUUAUAAAAGUAGGUAGGUACUCAUAUAUAGCUGUUUGCAUUCUCGUUUUGAACAAAUUCGAAAACUAUAAAUAAUUAAAUAAUUGGAAUUUUGUUCUCUGUCAAAUUGUUGUAAUCUGUAAUUAAUAACUGCAUUUUAAUUUGUAUAUUAUAAUACUUCUUUACUCUAAUAAGUAUUUCUCAAUUCUGUACUUCGCUAAUUCUAAUUUCUGAUCUCACGCAUCGAGGACCGCUAAAAAAAAUAAAAUAAAAACAGGGGCUGUCUUUAUAUAUUUAACUAUUUGCUAAGUAAAUCAAUUAAGUAAGUAUUGUUUUCUUUUUCAAUAAUUUGUCACGUUUUCAGAAAUUAUACACAAAUGGCCUCCGCACGAGGUGAAUACAUUUCAUAUAUAUAGAUACUGUACAUUAUUACUGCUUGGUAAUUUUGUUUUGUACAACUACCCAUUUCAUAUUUAUCUAGAGCAAAUUCAAUUUCGCAGAGACUACAUAGUAGGUUAUUUCCCUUAAAAAAACUAAUCGUUACUCAAGUAUUGUUGAAAAAAUUACAACGUUGCGACUUUAAAACAAUUUGUUAGAUCCACUAAACUAAUUAUAGCUGUAGGUACCUAUUUUUGAAAAAAAGAAAACUGUUGGAUUAUAAGAUUUCAGAUUUGUAAUUCGUUAAAUCAAAAAUAAAUAGGCCCAUUAUAAAAGUAAAAUUAAGUUUUAAUAUCACUCGUGUAUAAAUAUAAAUUGUUAUAAUAGUAUCUACCUACCUAUGUAAACGAGACAAUGGAAAAGCGUUAAAAAUAAUGUUAGGAGUCUAUUUUUUACUUUUUUUUAUGUUUGUAGUAAACACUAAAUACCUACCGAAAUCUACAGCCUACCUAUUAUUUUAUUAUUAUUAUUUUAUUUUAUUCCACUUCGCCGAACACCAAAUUAUUAAACUCAGUUAAUAAUUACACGGAUCACUAGGUACGGGUUCAUUUACCUAAGUCCGAUACUUACCUAGGCAUAUAGCGUUUAAUUAAUUAUUAAGUAAUUGGCUAUUAUAAUUUUAUUUAAAAGCGAUAUUAAUUAUUGUAGCGCAUGAGGUUGAAGAAUUAGUUUUGUCCAUUAGGAAAAUUAUAGGCACUCCAUGAUUCUUUUUUAAUACGAGUAGCUACACGUUUCGUAAAUUAAUAUCGUGAGCACUCAAAACUAAUUGUUGGUACUUAAUUAUAAUAAAAUAUAAUUGACAAAUAAUCUUACUUAAUCGUGCAUAUUUAUAGUAUUCUUCAGACGAUAAAGUAAUGAUUUAUAUAUAACAAAUUUCGUAAAUAUUAAAUUUAUUAUUACGCGUGAAUUCGUGAGUAAGCAUCAUAUAGAUAGCUUAGUCAGCGAUUUAUAGACAGGUUAUUUAUUCUAUAGAUAUAAGUUCCUAAAGUAUAUUGAUUUUAACAUGAUAGUUUUAAUCUAUUUCUAUAAUUCACCGAUGUGUUAUACUUGCUACAAAACAAAAAAAUAAUAUUAUAAUUUGUUCAACAUUAUAUUAUACAUUUUUUGAAUUUCAAAUCUCAUUAAAUGUUAAUCUGCUAAAGUAACCAACUUUUAGAUUCUCAGCCUGUAGAUGAUAUUACAUAUUAUCAUUAUUGAUUGUAUAUACAAUCGUAUAUAUAUAGAUAAUGCCAUCUACGCAGGGCUCGAAUUGGAAAAAUAAAAGAAAGGGGAUUUCAAGGCUUUGAAAAAAUUAACAUCGUUUACAAUGAUUAAUCUUAAUCUAUCUCAUGGUUUGAUGAUUAAUCGUUGUGUGGAUAUAAAUUAAAUUUCUCUCUAUAUUUUACCUAAAUUUUGCUCCGAUUACUACCUUCAGGCAUCCGAGACCUGUCGGUCUAGCAGAAAAUUGUCUCGUUAUUAUAUCGGGGAGGUAAGUUGUUUGAUUUUCUUUAUAGUUUUCUUAAUAAUCGAGAAAAAAAUGGGAAAAUCUACACAAUAUUAGAUUUUGUUAUUUUAAAUUUUGUUUUUAGAUUCUGAGUGGAGCAAGGAAUGUAUUGGAUUUAAAAUAAUGUUUUUUUUCUUUUUUUUAUGUGAAUACUUUUUUUUACCAGAAAGCUUACUCCGAUUAUAAGGUAUAGCACUUAUACUGAAAGAAAAUGUUCUCUGGGUAAUACUUUAGAAAAGUCUUUUUUUGAAACUCUCAUUAAUUUUCGAAAUAAUGAGGAAAUCCUGGUUCUUUAGGUUAAAAAAGAUUGAAAGAUUAAAAAUAAAAUUGUUAUUAGUAACCGUUUUUAUAAUUUUUUUGUUAUUAUUAAGUUUUUAUUAUUUUAAUCUUUUUUUAAACCAUCAUUGCUGUUAUGGAAAUGCGCAUUAUUGAAAAAGCAAUAGAUCGAGGUAUAUUAAAAUAAAAUAAAUUUCGAUUUCAAUACAUUCUUUUAACUAUUAAUAUUUAUAUUAUACUUCUUUAUUCUAUACUCAAGCAUCACUAUAAACUGAACUCCGCUCAGAAUCGUUUUUUCGUUAGCAAUGGUUUAUCGUUGCUUACAGAUAUACAUUAAAUUCCCUUCUGUAUCCUACCCUCCCAAGUUGCCACUUACAACAGUGGCUACACUCACGUGCGAAAUAUGUUCGUCUUUUGUAUUGUAAGUCGGUAAGAAAUAAUUGUAGACUUGAGAUUUUUACCGGAUACUAAUAUUAGAAUUUCUAUAGGUAGUGACAUUUUCAAAACACUGUUGACCCAGCAAAAUUACUAGAAAAAUUUGAGCCCGUGUGUGACAGUAGAGUGUAUACUGUCUAGAUAGUAGACACUAAUAUUGUAAUAAAAUAUUUGAAAAAUUAAAAUUUUGUUUGAAACCAGGAAGGGGGGGGGGUAGUAUGGCAGAUUCCUUAAUUUUAUUUCACAAUAUAAUUUCACCUAGUGAAAAUUCCUCAAAGUGUCUCCGGUUAGAAUAACGUAGUGACAACGUAUAACAAAAUAGAAACAGCUGUGAUCUACUGCUUUUUUUUUUUUUGUAAAUCUUACUUUUGUGGAGUCCCGUUGUAAUAGCGGUACUAGUACCUAUUUACGCUUAUAAUAAAUAGAUUAAAAAAUAUUUACCCUUCAACUCACAAUACAAUUAUUUAAGAUUUCUAACAUAACUUUUGCCUCCUUAGGUAAUAAUAAUGUAAAUAGAAUUAAUAGUCACAUUUUUUUUCUAUAAGGUGCUUAAAAGGAUAUAUAUUAUUUAUUUUUCAUCUGUAGAUGUUAAAAUGGUUAUGAUUCAUAGUAGACGUAUAAUAAGAAAGUACAAGCAAAUCAUACAUGCACUAUGUACUAAUUAAGUAAACCUAUAAGGUUAGGUGGCCUUCGUUUGGCUCCAGUUGGUCAUCACGACCAGAACAAAUGUGUCUGUUAUUGAAAGAUGAACUAAAUACAUUUUCUGUAUUUUCUUAAUUUAGAGUAUUCAAUACAUAUUAUUGUUAGAAGUGUAUGUUUAUAUUUGUAUGCAAAAUCUUCAUAGGUACCUACGUGUUGUGGUAAUUGUAAAUAUUUUUAAGUAAAUAUAAAUAUAAAUUACUUUAUUUUAUCUAUAAAAGUUUGUAAAUUGUUUGUUUUUUAUAUUUAUAUUUAAGAAAAAUUGAUAUACUAAUGCAUAGACGACAGACCGGUUUUUUGUUCAUUCGUCUCGUUUCGCGUAUUUCGAUUAACCAAGCAGUAUAUUUAAUAUAUGAUAUAUUAUUAAUCAAUUUGAACAUGAUAAUUGUUGCAUAUGAAAAACGAUUCUGAACGGAGCUUAGAUUUGAGCCCGAUAACUAUUGUUACCUACUUCCUCAAAACAUUUUUCAAAGAAGUAGGUGCAUUUAGUAUCAUACUUGUAGCCAAAUAACAUAUGGUACAAUCAACCACCCCCCCCAAAAAAAAAAAAAAAAAUUCCUUUACUUAUACAUUUUUGAUGUACAAAUCACAUCAUUGUAUAAUUUUUGUCCAAAAAUAUUGAUGCCGUUGCAGAAAUUAAAUACAAAUUUUAAUUCGAAAUGUUUUUUUUUUUUUGUGAGAGGAAUCGGAAGCAGUAAGAAUUGUAAUGAAAAUAAUCCUAGAAUGAUAGAAGGGGAGAGGAAAACUGAAAAAUUGGUGAUUGGAUCCGAUUGAAAAAGAUAUGGUGGACGACGGGUAUGUGCGAGGAUGAUGUGAGUUUAGUGGACGUUUAAGAUGAGAGUGGCCGACCCCAAAUCGUUAGAUAAAGGCGAGGGAGAAGAAAGGUUUUUUGGGACUCCAAUAAAAUUGUGGCACCCAGUGCACAUGCACAAUCUUUCAUCUCCCUUGAUACAUUAUUGGAAACUAAAGCUUCUCUGCGGCUAUAUUGUUUAAAUGUAAAAUAUUCCUUUUUUUUUUUAUUUAUUAUUUUUAAUCAAAAGUGUAAGUAUAUAAUAUAUUUAAAAAAAAAAAACGUAAUUUUACGUCGACAACAAUAAUUAAUGGGUUGAUAUUAAAUGUUAGCGUUAAUUAUAUUUAUUUUGCUUAUGUACAUGGUACAACAGAGAACGACAACAGGUCGUUCUUACAUUACAUAACAUAUAAUGCUAAACACGGUAAAAAGAAAACAGUCGAUUUAAGACAAAAUAAAUCUGAUAAUUUAUUGUAUUAUAAUGUUAAUUUAAAUUAUUGGUUAUACUAAAUAUUACAUGAAUUAACUCGUGAAUUUUUUAAUUUAAUCAAUUAAAAAUUUAAAUGUACAAAAUAUGUGUAUAAUUCCUAACAUUUGAUGAAUGAUGAUAUUCAAAUAUUAUUUUAUUUAAAAUAUCAUUGAUUUAUUAUAUAAAUUUUUUUUAAAUAUUUUGUAAAUUAAUGUGUAAUAAGUAGUUGAUAACUAACUACUGAUGUGGACUAAUGUGGAGAUGUUUAAUAAAAUAUUUAAAUGUAUUUACUAAUUCUUUUAUAAAAAGCUGUCCUAGUAUAAUGGGGAUUGGUGCAGCCACUGUUAUAGGUAAUUUAAUGUAUACCUGUAAGCAACGAUAAACCAUUGCUAACGAAAAAUGAUUCUGAGAGUUCAGUUGAUAAUGAUACUUUGUCAACAAUAUAUAUGUCAUAUUAUGGUAAAAUAAUUAAAUAGGCAUUAUUUAAUUUCUUUAAUAAUAUUUGUUUAAUGUACCGAUUUUCCCCGUUUUCCCUAUGCUUUUCCCGGUUUUCCCAUAUUUUUCCCGGAUUUUCAAAUUUGCUGGGAAAUCUCUCGGGAAAAUCGAAAAACAACCUCUCUAUAAAGUACCUGCCUGGUCCGAUUUCUUUUUAGAAAAGUUGCUUCACUUAAAAAUCGGAGCAAGACUUUUUGUAGAAUAUUUGCGUAUAGAUAAAAAAAAAAAAAAAAAAAAAACAUCUUUGUACAACCAUAAGCUUCUUCGAUCCACUCAGAAUCUAAAACGAAUAAUAGAAUAAGUGAGUUAUAACUGUAUUGUGUGAUUUUAUAUUUUAUAAAGAUGUAUGUUUUUUUUCAGUUCACACAUUUCGAGACAGUAAAAGUAAAUGCAGUAUAACUACAAAUUUAAUGUAUCUCAAUAGAUAGAUUAUUUAGUAAUUGGACACAGGUCCAGAGUCAUAUGUAUUAAAGAGUCAAUUUUUGAUGAGGUGGAAAUAUUAAAACACGGCUAAAUGAGAGAAACUAGAAUAAAACACAGAAUAUUUUUCAAAUACGAUAACAAAUUAUACGUGUGAAUAUAAAAUAAUUAUAAUAUACUAUACUUUCUUAUGUGCAAGUAUAGGAAAACGAAACAAGACAAAUUUCCUAUAAUAUAAGACCUGCACUAAAUCACCGUCCGCGUUUUAAAUAUAUUAACACCAAUAAUAAUAUAUAGUUAUAGUUUAUUUUUUUUUUUACAUAUCAAAUAUUCGUAUAUAAUAUAACACCACUGCAGGUUUCUCUAAAACAACCAUAUUAUAAAAUUUAACUUCGCAUAAUUUAUUUCUUCGUAACAAGUAUAACAUUAAAAAUAUUUAAAAUAAUGAGCUGGUUAAAAAUAAUUGUAAAAGCAUUUUUUACUCAAAGAUAAAUCAAUACUAUAGGAUACUAUAUUAACAUUUAUUUUAACAUUAUUAUUAUUAUUAUUUUUUUUUUAUUUUAGUAAAACUUAUAGGUAUGCUGAGUGAUAAAUGGUAAUGGUAUAACUAUUUAUGUUUUAAACAAAAUUGUUCUACUUUUUAAUCGUUAAAUUUUGAAAGUUCACUUCGCAAAUAAGAAACAAAUUAUGACAUAUUAUAUACUGUGAAAACACAAUAAUAAUUAAAUUGUUACUAUAUUAUAUCCUCUGGACAAAAUUGUCUCUGUCAGAAUUUUCGCCAUAGGUACCCGCAUAAGUAGCUAGGUAUACCUACUUAAAAACAUAGGUAGGUCGGUAAUUAUAUUUAAGUGGCGUCAAGAUUUGAAAUUUAAAUUCGGCAUGUAUAUAUAAUAUAUAAUUAACUCUUCUACACGAAUCUUCUUGUAAGUUAUGGUGGCAAGUACGCCAAUUUUGCAUACGCCAUGUUUAUUUAAUGCAAGUUAAACAAAAAUUUAAAUCCGUCAUUUGUUAUUAUUGGUCUAUCCUAUUAUGGUAAACAAUUAAAACCGAAACGGAAUAUCACGUUUGCAAAUAACAUGUUAUACUAUAAUAUGAUACAGGAGUGUACACCUAACCUAACCGCCAAUUUCGAGCGUUUAGUUGUUUAUUAUUCGUGAAAUGUGUAAGGCUCAUUGCUCGGAGUCAUCCUGCGUAAUUAUAAAACACUAGCGACUACGGUAUUAGAUAGGUGGGUACCUAACAUUUAAUUGAUAGAAAUCGCUGUCACGUUCAGAAAUAAUCAUUGUCGUCGUCGAAAAUUAUAUUGUCUAUACGAAAAAUAUUACGCUCUUACGAUUUCGUAUUAUAUUUUAAUCGCGGUAUUGACGUAUACGUAGGUACCCACAUAAAUACAUAAUACUAAUUUCUUUUAUUGCAGCUUUGGACACUAACAAUGUUACUGUAAAAAAGCAAGUGUUGGAGUUGCUAUCCGCGUUAUGCGUUUACAAUUUAGAAGGUCACGCCAGAGCACUUGAUACCCUUCAACAUUACAAGGCAAGUAAACCAUAAUAAUAUUGUAUUAUAUUAUCAUAUAUACCAUUUUCUACGCCUAUUUACUUACAUGACGAAUGUGUAUCACAAUAUUAUUGAUGAUUUUGUUCUUAACGGUUAAUGUAUUAAUUAAUACAUUGCAUAAUAUUAAGAUGUUAAUAAUUCGAUGUGCCUAUAUGAGAAUAAAUACGACUGUAUAUUAUUAUAUACCUUAUCUAAUGUACCUAAAUUAUAUUAAAUAAAAUAUAUAGAUAUACAUGUAUUAAAUAAACAAAUUUGAAAUUGAAUAUUUUAGACAGUGCAGUAGUGUUUGGUUAUUAGAAAAUCCUCCCCUCCCCCGAACAAUCCACCCUCCCGCUUAUUUUCAGUAGAAUAGGAGAUUUUAUCUCGGGAUAUUGUUUAAUGAUAAUAUUUUAUCCUCUCGGUUUUACAAUAGUUUUUACACAUUAUGGUAUACAUUUUUUUUUUGUCUAAUGUCUAAUUUUGUCUUAAUGCGUUAUAAAAUAAAACAUAAUAAAUUUCCAAAUAUCGAUAAAUGAAAUUCAUUAUUAUAGCAUUUAAUCAUUUAAACAUCCAAACUGCAUCGUAGGUACGGUUGAUUUUAUAAAACAAAUAAAAAUAAUAAAAGACUUAUAAGUGUUUAGGGAUGAAUUAAAACUGAAUCAGAUAUCAAAGAAUUUUUACACAAUGCAGUAUUUUUUUUUCUGUAAUAAUAUUUUAGCAUUAUUUUUAUUUGUUUAAAGUGAUUUUGUUAAUUAUUAUUAAAGUAGUUAUUAUUGUAUUAAAUAAACAAUGAUCAAUCCAAAUUAAAUGAUUUAUUCUGUUUUAUUUUAUUUCAUGUAUAAAUUAGACAAAUAAAAAGAAAUUAAAUUCCAAUGAAAUGUUUAAUAAAUAUGGUAGAAUAAUAUCUUAUUUCAACGUAAACAGACGGGAGGAAAUACCCAUUUACCAAAUAGUACGUAUGUGUUGGAAAAUAAUUGUUUUUAUUUUUUUAUUACUUAAUAAAAUAUUUGCUAUUGCAGUAGGAAGGAAUACAUGCAUUAUAUUAUAGUUAUAAAAAAUUAUUUACGACUUAUUUCAAACUCAAUAUUUUUGUAUUGAGUGUUCGAUAAUCGUCACACUUCUGUCAUAAUAUCUGAAUUAUAAACAUAUUAUAAAUAUUUAUCUGAGAAUAAACUUGUUUUUUUUUUCAAUUUGAUCUUUAAUUAUAUAUAUUCGGGUUUUAUAUAAAACAAAAAAUUAAUAAAGAAAUAUAGCGAUUAUUUUAACUAGAUACUCGAGAUUUUAAGCAAUUACUAUACAAGUCCAGACUAUUAAAUUAUAUUUACAAGAAGUGAUUAAUAAUAUUAUUACCUUGAUCAAAAUGUGUAAUCGUUUACUAGAAUAAUUUAUUCAAAUUUCUGUAUAAAUAUAUAUAUGUAUAAUUAUUUUUUCCGCUUUUAUUGUUGUUAUUAUUUUUUGUUAUAUGGGUAUAACACGAUUUGAUACUUAUAUGUUAUUUAUAAUAAUAUAACAAUAUAGGUACUUCUACAUGGGAAAAUACAUAAAAUUGCAUUUUCAUGCAAUCUAUUGUAUAAUAAUAUUGUUUGCACAAUAUUAUAUCAUUUACUUUAUCUAAACAUGAUCACUGUAAACUGCAGAAACAAAAAAAUGUUAAAUAUUUUCUAGGAUCAAAAAAAUGAAAGGUACCGAUUGCAAAUCGUUGUUCGUGAGUUACAAUGGGCUCUGUCCAAAGGCCAAGAGGCAGCGGAUUAUCAAACGGCAAUUGUGGCGUUUAUUAAUUGCCUCAUCAUAUCGACACCACAGCUUCGAGACCGGAUAAGAAUCAGAAACGAAUUUAUCGGUGAGCGUUUGUAAAACUUCUCAAUACGAUUUGAUUAACUGAAAACAUAAUACCUAUAUGAUUUUUGAAUAUUCGUGCAACACCAUACUGUUAUUAGGUAGUUUGGUACCUAGGUAUAUCAUUUUGUAAUCAGUUCAGUCAUUUAACUGUAGGUACCUACGUUUGGUGCAAAUUUUUAUAAUGUUCUUUAGAAUAUUGCAUAAUAUUACAAUCACUAUAUGUACUUAUAUGUAGAAGCUGUACAAUUUCUUAGUAGCGAGAUUUCUUAAAUGGCGAGAGCAGAUUUUAUUAGAUUUUUUUUUUGGUCUAGGCUAAAAUUUUAAAAGAUACAUUUUAUAUUUUUGUAUUCGACUCGAAAAUAGAAGACAAAAUGCAUAAUACCAUAAUCAUUAUUAAAAUCUAUUUUAUAACUGUACACAUUUUUUACUUUCUAUACUGAUACACGAUAAUAUUUGUAUAGAAUAUAAUCUGUAAAUUAUGUUUUUUUUUUUUUUUUUACACGAAUACAAAAAAAACGUUUACCUAUUUAAAAGUAAAAAUUUAAUUCACUAUACAAACCGUACUCACGAACGAAGUUAUUGUUAACCAAUUUUAGCUUGACAUUUUUUUUCCAUCAAGACCUUUAUAAAAUUCUUUAUAGGUACUUAUUAUUAAUGUAUUAUUUUUUAAUUUUAAUUUCAGGUCUCAAAUUACUUCCGAUAUUGAACGAACUAAGGUGAUUAAUUUCAUUUAUAUUAAAUUUGCACAAAAACUGAUGGAGGUGAUAGCAUUCGUUUUUACAGCAGCAUACCACGUUGCUAUUAUAGUACAUGUUAUAGUUUACUUCUACCGUUCAAUUUUAAUCAUUAUCAUGGGAACGUUUAUGCAAUGUUCGUUCAAAACUAUUUUUGUUUAGGAUAUUCGUUCGGUGAAAAACAAUGCGUGUAAUGGCUUUACUGAACGAUGCCAACAUUGUUGGUUGCGUACGGACCAAUUAGUACUUUGUCUUAGUCUUUCACACAGUGGCAUUACUUCGGUUUCCUUAGGGUCGUGGCGAUAAAUAAAAACCCGGAAGUCGACAAAAAUAUUUCUGUUCUUUCUAAAUAUACAUCAAAAGAUUUAAUUUUGUAACUGCCUAUAGGUAGUUUACGUACUGAUAUAAACAAAAUAUAAUUAACUUGACGGUUUUAUUUUAGAUAAUAUACCUACAUUACACAUAUCUAUUUCGAAGUAUUUUUUUAUACUUUACGGUACGUUUAAUGCAUUCUAAAUUUUAAACUUUUGUUUCAAAGGAUAUAUUAAUUAGAAGAACACGUUUUAUUUAUUGUAAACAUAUUAGUUACAACAUAUUGUAAACAUAUUAAUGAAAUCUCAUUCACGAAUAAUAUCAGCCGUGUUUAGAUUUGGAUAUUUUGUUUUAUUUGACUAUGUGAUGUAAACGUAUAGACGUAAUUGGACAGAAUAAUAUUUCUUAAAAAAAAAAAUUGGUUACUUAAAUUAAUCGGGUGUCCCAAAUUUUCUUCAAAAUUACUCAAUACUCAUAAAUCAUAUACAAAAUAUAGAAUAUAACGAUUCAUAUUUAGUUCGAGUUAAGAUUCUAUUUUUCCGCACCUAAAAUCGUUACAUUUUAUAACGUUCUAACACAUUAUUUUAUAGUUCAACCAUGACCGGAGGACGGGUAACUGAAAAAAAUUCCGAGGAAUAUUAAGAUUAGUUUGGUGAUUAGGUAUAGAGUCGUCUAGUGCAUUAUAGAAAUAGUCAUUCGACCAGAGCAACAUAUCACAAUGUCCGAGUUUUUAACGUUUAUCUUUAUAUUGUAUAUUUUAUAGUCGAAUUCAUAUUUAGAUAUUGUAAAUAACUGCUGUCAUAGGUACCUUAGGUAUUUUAAAUGCACUGUAGAAAUGUUUGAAACUGUUUGGUACUGUAUUUAUAGCUGCAGCAAUAACGAUGGUUUUAUUAUUAUUUUUUUUUAAACCGUUAAUACUUAUUUCCAUAUUUUUAUUUUUUUUCGCAUUUUUCCCGCAUAUACUUGGUCAGAAGUUUUACAAACAAAAUAUAGUUAGAUCUUAUGUUUUUAGCUCUAUGUAAUAAAUCAUUUCUUAACUUUUUUUUUAGAUUCUUAUUAAAGCAAAUAAUUGGGUUUUACUAGAUUGGUUUUUUUUUUUAUGUUUUAGGUAGAAAUAUAUACACAUAUAAUAUAUAAGUAUAGGAAAUCGAUCAUAGAUGUUAUAUAAUUUAUAAUGAAGAGAGUUAAAAAAUAAAGGUAAAAUCUACUGGCACACAGAAUAUUUACGAGUAGAUAUUGUAAUACAAAAUAUACUUCAGUUCUUUGUAUGUCACCAUAAAAAAUCGUAUGGAUUUUAAAUGCUAAUCAACUAUGUUUUAGUUUAUACGAACGUGCAUAAUAUUAUAGUAAAACCUUUAGAAAAAAAAAUAAAUAAUAAUAAUGAAACAACAUUAUCAAAGUGCAUGUUAUUGGUUUAUAUGAAAAUAUCUCAGGAUUUAGGAACGAUGCCAAUGUUUUUUUUCUUUUUUAAUUACUCUUGUUUAUAGCGCGACUAUAAUAUAUAAUAUAGUUAUACAAUUUUGACGAACUUAUUUAUUGUCAUUUCGAAAUAAUUAAUUGUUUUUCUCAUGUAAUUUAAAAACAACCAAACAUAAGAAUAUAUUUGUAGACAUAUUAUUAUAAUAAUAUGUAUAGAUACAUUGUUGUAUUCACCAUUAAACUAUUAUAAUAAAAUUUAAUAUUGCGUAUAUUAUUACUAAGUAUUAGGAUGGACCAAAAAUAUUUUUGACUUUUUUCCAUUUUUUUUACAAAUUUUAAGUAAGAUAAUUUCGUAAUUUUUUCCCACCAAUAAAAAAUAUUAUCUAAGGUAGUUCUAGGUGAUGAUUUAUCAGCAAUUUUUACGUUUUGCGGUUCAUAACUUUGUUCAUAUUGAUUUUCUUCUUAAUAUUAACUUUAGAAUCUUAAUUGUUACUUUUUUUCAUUUUGAUAAUUUAUCCUUGUCAGUUUUUUGUUCAGUGGUAUUUAAAACAAUAAAAAACAAAUUGCAUUAUUUAUCUAAAAUUUCUGCUCGCAAACUGGAUUUUUUUUUCUUGAAAUAAAACUAUGGUAUUGUUACACAUAUACAAAUAAACUAUGAAGAUAUGCAGACGAAAAAUAAAAAUAUUGGUACCUUAUUAAAUAUAUAUUAUAUAGAUGUAAAAAAAAAAACAAUAUGUAUGAAAUAUUCAUUAAAUUAAAAUAGAUUCUAAUCAGAAUUGAAUAGGACAAUUAAUUUUAAAUUUACCUACUAAUAAUAUAAUUCAUAAAAGUACCUAGUUUAAAAAUGAGUUUAUGGAUGAUAUGAAAAUUCUUGUAGAUAUUUCUUAAUGGUUAGUAUUUCGGAUGGUUUGUAACGUUUGAAAGAAGAUACUUCACCACUCGGAACUUGGAACUGAAAUAGAAUCGAUUUAAAAAUAAAAAAAAUCUGUUAGACGAAUGUUGAACAUUAUCGGUGAGAAUAAUUUUACAUUUAAAAUAAGUAAAUGAUUUUUGAGAGAAAUUCUAUCUAAAAUCUCAUUUUAAUACAAUUUGGACUUGACAUUCGUAUUAUUAUUAUCUUUUUAUUUUAUAAUGUCUCCGAUCCACAUGGACGGGCUGUGUGCCAAAUUUUCUAUACCUACAUAUUAUACUGUAUAGUAGCGGGUUACUGGCACUGGAGUCCAGAAUUAAAUAUACAAGAAUAGUACACCGAGCUCGUCGGCGAGAAAGAAAUGAACUUCCGUAGUAACUGAAUAAAAACGAUCGCUAUUUCCAGCAUCAGUUGUUCUCAAACGUUAACCGCUGUAGUAGCUAGUCUGCUAAUAUACAAAAUAGUUCGAAUAAUUAUUUCGUGUGCGUUUUUACUCAUUCAAGGAAGGGAUCGAUAAACUACGCGGAUCUAGGAGUACAAUUGGACGUUUUCGACGAGCAACGAGAGAACGACGAAUCGCAAAUUUUAGACGUACCGUUUCGUGGAGUUGAUAUAAGUUCUCACGUUGAUGUAUUUUAUGCUAUUUUAAGACAGGUUGGUAAAACAUGUUUUACUUUACAUAUACGUAUGCAUAUAUAUAUUUAGGUAAUAGUUGUACGUCACUAUAAAAUGGUUUAAUGCAAAAAAUGAAUUAAUUAAAAAAAACACCAAUGAGCAGCAUAACCCGUCACUAUAAAGUUAGAAUUUUCUCACAUCUGACUUGUUGCCGUUGCAAUAUUUAAUUUUUAUAAUUAAUCUAAAAUAAUUAUGUUUGCGAGAGUUGCUUACUAUAGUAUUUAUAAUAACAUUAUUUUAUAUACAUAAUUAAUAAAUUAAAUUUGUAUUUAUUUAUUUACUAACCACAUCUAAACCUCUACACCUAUUAUUUAUCACAGUCUACUACCUUCUUUGAGCCCAUAAAAGUUUUCCUAUAGUAGUGUUUCUCAACCUUUUUACCGUCACGACCACCGAAAUUAAUAUUUAAUUUUUCAGCUACCCUUAAAUAUAUAUAAGGCGACUCAAUAUUUUAUAUUUUUGUUGAUCCUCCAGUUUGAGAAACACUGUCCUAUAACCUUCCAGUAAUUAUAAGGAAUAGAUCAAAAAAAGUUUUAUUGAAAUAGGUAAUGUGGUUGUGGUUCUCGAGAUUUUUGCUAACAUACAGACACGAGUUUAUAGUUUUAAAUUAUUAUUUCAAUAUUAAUUGAUAAACGAAAAAUGAAAUUACAUUUUUAUUUACAGUUAAAUUCUAAAACAAAAUUUACCGCUUGUUCUACAAUAUUUUAUUAUGAUUGUUAUGUAUUUAGUUAUGUAAGGAUAAAAAAAAAGUUUUCAAAUAUAUGAAUACAUAAUAAUAAGUUGGUACUUAUUAUUAUAAUGAUUUAUAAAAAUAACGAACGUUUAUUGUUACUAUGCAGUAAUAUAAUUGUGAUUGUUUAUUGUUUCAAUGAAUAAUGACUUGAUUUUUUACUGAAACUAACAACAAAUCAGCAUUGCGGUUCAAUAUGUAAAAUAUAAUACAUAACCCGAAAAGAUGUGUUUAACUGGGUACUUUAUUUAUGGAAAAUGUAGUAAUAGUAUAUUGUAUACACCUAUAGUUUGUUCGAAUUUUCUUACAGUAUAUUAAAUACAUCUUAUAUUACCUCUUAUUAAAAUAUAAUAUGUGUCUAUUUCAAUAUUUCAUUUCCUUGUAUAACGUUAAAAUAAAUUAUUCUUUCUCCAUUCCGACAUAUCACGAUUUUUAUCUUAUAGUAUUUUAACGAAAUUAGACAAAACACAAGGUCGAUUUCACGCAAUAGAGAAGAUUUAAACAAAUUGUUUAUUGCGUGAUCAAAUAUAAGUAUAUACUUAAUAAAUCAAAACAAUGUGCCAGGUAUAGUCUUGUAGGAUUUUAUUGAAUAAUUCGAAAGAAACGUAUUAUUAAAACAAUUAUUUGCUAUUUUUAUGUUACGCUUAAGAACGAUCUAAAAAUGUAAUAUUGUUUUCCGACAGUGCAUUAGGAUUUUGUUUUUGUUAUUUUUAAAGUCCUAAUAAAAAGAAAAAAAAAACAUAGAAUAAACCGUUUUUGGUGCCAAAGAAAUCAAUACGAAAUACGCACAAUAACCCGCAAUGGAUGACAACACUAUUAUUUAUUAUUAUGUGCCGAUUAUUAUACUUAACUAUAUGUUACAUUAUAAUAUACGUAACAUGCGUCGGUGAUUUACAUCAGGUAGCGGACACUCCUCAAGAAAUACCGUUCUUGAGCAUACUUCAACACCUGCUCCGGAUCGACCCCAGAGAGGCCGUCAGCGACAUAAUUUGGGACACGGCCGAGACGUUGGUGCACAGGUCGACGUUGCUGGAAAACCGGCAGGACGCGUCACGUCUGUUGCGGACCCCGAGCGUCCUAGGCCAGAGCCAACCUAGGGAUGUGGGACUGCGAGUGUGCGGUUGCGGACGAAAACCAUCGUUGGGGCCACCGAGCGCCGUGACCUCACCCACGUCGGUCACUCCGCCGCCGCCGCCGCCUCCGCCGCCCCCGCCGCCGCAGUUCGCGAAUCCACCUCCGCCGCCGCCGCCGCCGCCCCCGUUGAUGGGCGUACCGCCGCCGCCGGUACCUCCAGCGCCGUUCUUCCCCCUAAACCAACAACCCGCCGCCGUAGAAUUAGCCCAGCACGCCAACAAACGGCUCUUCGUCACCAUGGGCAACAACGGGUCUACCAAUACCGUGAUGGAUGCGCCUCCGCCGCCCCCGACACAGUCCAUGGCAGCUAAGCUUUUGCCGCAACAAGAAACCCCUACGCCCAAAGCGAAAAUGAAAACCAUCAACUGGAAUAAAAUUCCCGACAACAAGGUGAGUGUUGCAGCCACUUGUUAAUAACGUGUGCUUUGUAUUUUUCAGAUUCUGAGCUGAGCUGGGGGGGUUUUUCUUAUUUUCUGCCUGUAGACAAUUACUUUUUUACCGGAAAUCUUGAUCCGAUCAUCAAUAACAGACGUUGUUUCUGGUAAAAAUUGUAUCCAGUUGGGUCAUUUUUAAUUUUCUUUAUAGUUUUAUUAACAAAUGGAAAACAUAGGAAAAUUUACACAAUGACAGUUUCUGUUAUUUUGUAUUUAUUUUACUUUUUUUUUUUUUUGUAAUUCUGUAAGAAUAAUCGUAGAUACCUAAUAUUAGAUUUGUACCAUCUAAACAUGGUGCAAUUGUUGAGCUACAUAAUAUAGCCUUUUUUUUUUAGUUUUUAUUUAGUUUUAUGUGGAUAAUUAUUUUUUAGCCCAGUAAAAAUGCUUGAUAAUUUAACGCGAGAGUCAUAAAUUCUUAAUACAAAUUUUUAUUUUAACUAAUUUAAGUUUAAAUUUUUAUGAAAUCGUACAAAUCACCAUAAAUUUAAAACAAUUAGGUACUCGAACUCUUCUCAGAAUCGUUAUUUUGUUUAAAAUGAAUCAUUUUUUUUAUAUAUAUAUAUAUAUGUAUACAUUCUACCUUUCUGACUACCCACGUACACAAAUAAUAGCACGCCCAUAAGAAGUAUCAUGUUUUUUUUUUUUUUAAUUGUCUGUAGAUCUGUGUAUACUAAAAAAAUUAGCCCUUUAAUGAUAUUUUACCUUCAAAUUACCAAUCAAUGCUAAUAAAAAACAAUAUCUUAAGUGGGUAAUUGGAAAAUAAAGAAGAUAUUUUUAAUAAAAAAAUUAUCAUACCUAUUAUCCACUCCCGGCGAACUAUUUUUGCGUGAUACAUAAUAUACUUACUAUACUUUCCUAUAAAUCGUGUUAACAUUUUUAACAUCUGCUUUUAUCCGUUUACAUUAAACCGUUCGUGUCUUCGUGACUUCGUUUAUUCAGUAAUUUAUUUUUUUCUUUCGACAUUAAUCCAAUCCACCAUAAUAUUGAGCUGUUAUUUAAUCAUUUUACUAUAUAAUAAUGUUAAUCUUGUCCAUCGUCGAUUGCCGUAAAGUAAACUCAUCUAAACAAGAAUCGCAAUACGUUUCCUUAUACACGAGUAUAUUUAUGCAAUUCUCGCAGAUACAUCUUGUCGUCCAAUUAUAAAUGAUCAAAACAUAAAUUAAAUAUGCUUUGGAUUUCAGACAAUAAUAAUAUUAUUGAUACUAUGCGAUUUGUAUGUUUUUUUAUGCGCCAUGCGGUAUCUUUAAAGAUAGAAUUAAUCUGAUUAUAAUAUUAUUAAGAUUACGUCGCUUGUUCGUAUACUAUAACUUGCCUAUACAAUUACGGAAAGAUAAAGUUAUCAUUCGCAUAAUAAUGUGAUUAUUCAUUAUUUUAAUUACGCUUUUCGUUUCAUUAAAAUCAUAAAAUACUAUAGAUAAUUUUAUUUUUUUUUUUCAAUGAUGAUUUGUAUUUUUUUAAAUUUUGUAUUAAUUAUAUGACAUAUCAAUCUAUUAAUCUAGGUGGUCGGACGCCAUAAUAUAUGGUCGCUUGUUGCUAGGAGCCAUCAAAACUCGCCCAUGCCCGAUCUCGAUUGGUCAGAAAUGGAAGGUUUGUUUUGUCAACAAGCUCCCACAGCACCGGCUAGCCAAAGCGGAGUGUUGAACUUCAGAUUAGGCCAAGAUAUUAAUGAAUGCGAUAAAAGGCGUAAAGAACCGACAGAGGUGAAAGGACAAUAUAUUAUUAUCAUUUCAAACUUUCAUAAAAUCCGAACCAACAAUAUUGCGUUAUAAUUUGACGUAUUAGUUUGGAAAUACCUACAUUAUUACAUUAUUAUUUGUAAAUAUUUCAGAUCGCGUUAUUAGACGGAAAACGAAGUUUAAACGUUAAUAUAUUUUUGAAACAAUUCCGGAGGUAAAAUGUUCACCUACUCGUAUAUAUUUUCUCAAAUUUCAUACGGUUUUCUUUUUUAGUUCAAACGAAGAUAUUAUACAGUUAAUAAGAGAUGGCGAUCACGAUGAUAUAGGAGCGGAAAAACUCCGUGGCCUGUUAAAAAUCUUACCGGAACUAGAUGAAUUAGAAAUGCUUAGAGCUUUUGACGGAGAUAAGACCAAAUUGGGAAACGCUGAAAAAUUCUUAUUACAACUAAUCGACAUUCCCAAGUGAGAAAAAUACUACUACAUAAUUAACCUUCGAUUUUUUUCGCCUUUAUACCAUAAUAUCUUUAAAUGUUUUUUUUAACGAUAAUGUUUUUGUUAAUUUUUAUUUCUAGUUACAAGUUACGCAUUGAAAGUAUGUUAUUAAAGGAGGAAUUCGCAUCAAAUAUGAGUUACCUCGAACCAAGCAUUAAUUCAAUGAUCGUUGCCGGUGAAGGUAAAAAAAUGAAUUUAAUCUUUAUAGAAUUUCAAUCGUUGUUUACAGAAUUUGUUUUAAUUAUGGAAAUGAAAUAAAUUGUAUUUUAGACCUAAUGACAAACAAACGAUUCCAAGAAGUUUUAUACAUGGUGAUAUGCGCUGGAAAUUUUUUGAACUUUGUAAGUUAAAAAGACGUAAAACCUUUAUAGAAAUUCAUAGUGACAUUAAAGUUAUUACAAUUUAGGGUGGUUACGCGGGAAAAGCCGCAGGAGUGAAAUUAAGUUCAUUACAAAAACUCACGGAUAUAAGAGCUAAUAAACCCGGUAUGAAUCUUAUACAUUAUGUCGCAUUGGUGAGUGUAUUACCUAUACAUAGAUUAUAUGUACUCAUUUAAAUAAUUAUCAAAUAACCAACGAAAAUAAUAACGCAAUAAUAUUAUUAAUAUUUUUGACAGCAAGCCGAAAAAAAUAGAAAAGAUCUACUUAAAUUUCCCGAGGAGAUGUCCGUCUUAGAAGAAGCUACCAAGUAAAAUAAUUAUUUUAUAAUAUAUGGUUCACGAAAAAUAUGUACACUUGACGGUUUUUUUUUUUUUGUUUAUUAUUUAUAUUAAUAAUUUCGCUUACAAGUAUUGUUCUAGUUAUUAAUUAUCGCAGAUAAAACAUUUAUAUUCUAAAUUUAUAUCUGGGUAUAACUCUUUAUUUUUAUGUUGCAGCUAUAUACUAAGAUAUUUUUGAUAACUUUUCUGAUCGAACAUUUUUAUAAUUAUGAUAUUUUUCUAUAUACUUCAUAGAAUUUUAAUAAUCAUUCAUUUAAAAUUUAAAAAAAUGUUUACAACUCCAACUAGCGUGUAUGCAUUAUAAUUUGCAUACUAUAUUACCAAACUCUUAACUUGGAAUCGUGUGCUACAUACAUUAUUGAUAUUUAAUUUUGAAUUAAUUUUCUAUUCAUUAUUUAUUGUAGAUAAGUUAAUUAUUUUAGCGUAUUUUUAUAGGACUACUGUUGAACAGUUGCAGAACGAAAUAAAUGCUUUAGAUUCAAAGUUUAAAAUUGUACGAAAACAAAUCGAGUUACCUAAUACCGAACAAGAUAUUAAAAAUCAAAUGAUUGAGUUUUUAAAGGUUUUAAUAUUUUGCAUUGCUUGUAUUUUGUACUUGAUCAACAAAACAAUAUCUAUACCUAAUAAUUAUAAUAGGUCGCAGAAAGACAAGUCGGAGGAUUACAAAAUGACAUUGCUGAAUUGGAAUCAAUGAGGAAAACUUUAGCGGAUUUCUUUUGCGAAGACGUUAACACGUUCAAAUUGGAAGAAUGUUUCCGGAUUGUUCAUAGUUUUUGUAUGAAAUUUAAAUUAGCUGUAGCUGAAAAUGAGCGAAGAAAAGUACAAGAAGAACAAGCGUUGGUUCGACGAAGACAAAGAGAAGAACAGUUAGCUGUGAAGAAACGAUUAUGUAAGACAAACAUAUACCUAGAAGGCUAGAACUUUGAUUUCUAAUUUAGUAAUGGCUAUGUAACAUAUUUUUUAAAUAUUUUACAGUGACCAACGAUCAACAAAUUAACGGUUCCGACGUCGAAAGUAACCUAGUUGAUUCGAUUUUAUACGACAUUCGUUCUGGUUUUCCACAUAAGAAAAGUUUUGAUAAGGUAUGUGGGAUGAAAUUGAAUGCAAAUUGUAAAAAUCAAGUUAUACCGCAUUAUGUACCGCUUAUAAAUUUAGGGUAAAAGACCACAUAAUGCAACGACCGUGACUUCGGAAGAGGACAACAUAUCCGUAUCCGGUUCGCCAGCUCUGGUUAGACGAAGACUCGGCGUUGUCGAUAAUCCUAACAAAGAAGAUAAUUUAUCUCCAGGUAUAAAAUACUUAACAAUAAUGAUAUAUUCAGAAUAUUUUCCAUUAGAUAUAGGUAUACUUAAUUCGAUAAAUUGUAUGUUUUAAGACGUUACGCCGAACGGAAGUCUACGCCGUAGACGAAGUAGAGUGCCAUCGGAAGACGACGAAGUAACGUUGAUGGAUUUCUUACGGACGUCUAAUCAAGAAACGGUACCGCCUGUGUCAAAUAUUCAACGAAAAUCGUGGGGGAGUUUAGGUAUUGAAACAUUAUUAUUUUUAAAAAUGAUUUAUUUAUUAUUGAUAUUGAAAUAUUGAUUAUUAUUAAAUUCGAUGCUUUCGAUUCCUGGUUAAAACAUAGAAAUUGUACAUACUAUUAAUUCAUAAUAGUUUAAUCUAAUAUCGUGUAUUCCGUUGCGCACGCAGGUUUAUUCGGGGGGGGGGGUGGUUCUGAUCUCCAAAUCCUCAUCUGUAUAUACCACUGCGUGUACGUAUUAAUAAUUACAACAAUAUCUACAGUUGUUUAAUGUGUAUUAUUGUUGCAAUUUUUAAAUUAAGUAUGUACUAGUUCAUAUUCGUUUAUGGGAAACGUUUAAAAGUAAAAUAUUUAAUUUAGAUCGAUCUUGGGCAAGAAGGUUUAGAGGUAGUGGCAAGAAGAGACCGGAACUAUUGAGUGCUGAUUUUAGUGCUGACAGAGAGCGUGCGAAUUCACCUUCACCUUUAGUGGAAACGAAAUCAAUUCCGUCUACCGCUGUAUCAACUCCCGAAGAGGAACCUAGGCCAAAGUAUAAUAACAUUAAUAAGCUAACAAGUAAUAUUACUUUAUGGAUACAUAAUAUUUAUUUUAGAGCGUGGAGGCAAAAGAUCGAAGCGUGGCUACAUGAAAACGAAAAAGAAGAUAAAGACUCGGACGAAUUACGGCGCAAAACUCAACGAGUACAAAACAAUAGACGAUCUUUAGAAAACGAUUCUGAAAGUGACGGUCGUAGUAGUAUUUUAGAUACAUUACCCGAAGGAAAAUUGGCCAACGCCAAUAAUAACGAUGGGUACAAAAGAGUGUAUUCGGACUGGAGACCGACUAUUGAUAAAACCGACGUCGUUGGCGUUAUGGAAGCAAUUGCUGGUGAGUAAAAUCACCGGUGUUUAAAAUCAAAACGCUAAUAUUUUAAAUAUUUUCAGAAGCUCAACCGCCUGUAAAAGAUAAAUCUCAAUGGCGUAAAUCCAAUUUGAAUGUACCUAACACGUCAGAAGAAACAGACACUAACAUGAAAAGAUAUAAAAAACCGACUACUCUAUCUAAUAUCGAUAACCAUAGUACACCCUUACACGUUAGUUUAUAUUUAAAAACAACUAAAACAUAGGUACCUAUGGGCUAUGUGACAUGUUUUAAUUUUAAAAUUUAUUUCUAGGCUAUCAAAGAAGAAGAUAGAAGGAAAGGUUUUAUCGAGAAACUAGGUCAGAACGUGUCAAAUCAAGAUCGCCUAACUGUUUAUAUUCGAGGGACGGAUCAGUCACCGGAAAUCAAACCUCGUCUUAGAAGUCCGUCUGCGUUAAGAAAGCAGUUACCCGUUUUGGAUUCACCGGAAGAAAAAUUAUUACCGCCGUUCGCUCCAAGACGAAAAACAUCGGACGCUACGAAUCCGGGAGAUGUAACCGAUAAAAUCGAUAUCGAUUCUGAUAAUAUAGAGACGCCGCCGACAUCACGUCGACAAAUUGUAAAACCACAGCCGAUACCGUCGAAAAUUCAAAAGGUUGAAGAAGAAACACUGGGAGAUGGCCAGUUUGAUCGGUUUUCUGCAGCUAGGCGUACCAGAAGAUACAGGAAAACUCCCGAGGAGGAUUUAGGUCGGAAAUCGGAAGGAUACGAAUCGCCGAAAGCUAACGAAGACACGGACGUUCGACUGAAAAAGUGGAAAGAGAAACUUAUGUACAAAACACCCGACGACGAUACUACAGAUUUUUCUAGGAACCGACUGUACUCGUCUAUGCCCAGGACGACUAGAAACCAAAGUGUCGUAGACCACGGAGACAUUAUGAAAGCCGUGAAAAUCUAUGGACAGCUUACUCCCGAAAAAAAUAGUCAAAUAAUAGAACCAAAACCUCUCGACAGAGUAACUAAAAUAAAUCUCCACGAUAAUGACGAAUCGACGAUAAAUAUGAAAAGCGAGUUCAUCCCGGAAAUAAGAGUGCAAGCCUUAACGCCGCCCAUAAAAAUCAGAAACGAACACGACUUGAACGAUGAAGGGUAAAUCAUUAAUUAUAAUUUGUCCAAUCGAUAUUUUGUUCGAUGGACCGUUGUAUUAAUUUGUUCUCGUUUUGUUUUUUAGUUUCGAAGAGUCUGUGAGUUUAAUGUCGGCCGAGUCGCUGAGUCAGGAGACCUCGUCGGGUAACUUUGAAUCCGAAAAACCUAUCCCGAAGACAAUAGCUCGAGCGGACAGUAGCGGAAGCAACGAUACCAACAGUAGUAGCGGGCCCGUUGCGCCUACGCUGCGAAAAACCAGUUCGCUGAAAUCGUCCAUAAAACCCGUGGUGUUGGUGAGAAAAACGGAGUUGCCAAAGCGCACGAGUAGUUUCAGGACUCCGUCGCAGACCGUUCAAAAACCCGCGGCGAAAGUCGCCCCGAACGCGGCCAAGCCCGUCGUCAAAUCGACCGCCGUCCAGAGGCCGACUUUGGUUAAAACAGCCGGCAGGGCGGCGCCCAAACCCGUCGAAAGGUCGAGUUCUAAGAGCAGCCUGCGCAGUUCGAGGAGCUCGCUGAACAGCUCGAACUCGGCGAGCACGGUGAAACGGAUCCCGGGGAUAGGGACGUAUACGCGGGCCAUCAACGACCUGACGACAGAGCUGAAGGCCAAAAAACCGCUGAGCGCGUUACAACUGCACAACCGGAACACGCCGACGGCCGCCAGCAGGAGCAGCAGCAGCGGCAGUAGCAUCGCGGUCCCCGUAAACAAACCGAAGCCGAAAUCGCUGAGCACCAGUUUCAAAGAGAACCAGGGCAGAUUCGGUGCGACGGGCGGCGCGCCGGCCGCCGGUCACAAUAAAUCGUUGGGGUUCAUGAGGCCGACCGCUUCGAGCACCGCGAAAGAUUUAAUCGACAACGGCAAACCCGCGACCGCCAAGCAGGCUCUAGUCAAAAAAAAUUUCAAGUAGCGUUUAAUUCGCAUACUCCGUGAAAUACGUCUGACGGUACUGGCGUUCACUGUACUUACGCUUUUUUGAACGGUGAAUAUUACUAUUAGGCGCGCGCGUGCGGUAUUGUUAAUGUUAAAUAAUGUUUUGCAAUAAUCGCUCAUGUUAUCGCGUAAUAUUCGUUUAAUACGCGAUUGUUAAGUCGCGAUUACCUAGCGAAAUUCCUAUGCUCGCUAAGUAUUAACCGACAAAUAUUAAUUUUAUUGUAUCAUUAAAAAUCAAUUUGUCUUGGUGAUUUUGUUUAUAUUUCCGAUCGUGACGUUCGCUCGCGUGGUUUCAUACACUCGCGUCGGGAUUGUAGCAGUUUGCCAAGUUUUGUCAAUACAAUAAUAAUAUUACAGCAUUUCGAUUAAACUCGUUCGAUUUUAUACGACUGUUACAGUAAUCGAUCGUUUACGCGUUUACUUGUUUUCUAACUUUUUGUUCGUAGAUUAUAAUGAUGUUUUAUAGGUUUAUAAAGUACAUUUAAUGAAUUUCCACAGCGACAAACCUACUUUAAUAAUAUUUUACCAAUAAGUAACACGUUGAACAUAUUUCUUAGAUUAAUAUUCAAAUAUACUUGAAUUUAAAAUGAUAUUUUCAGUAAUAUAUUACAGAUAUUUUUUUUUUUAAUUUUCAGUCAAAUAUGAUUUUUUUACUAAUUUAGCCUUAGACAUAUUAUUAUUAUAUUAUUAGGUAUAUUUAUUUCAUUUGUAUUUGUCAUACUAUAUCUGGUAUCUAGUCAGUAUACGUUGCUAAACAAUCAAACAAGGGUGCCUUUUAGAAAAAUAGGUACUAGUAAUACAAUUAUCAUAAUAUUAUAAAUAUGUUAUUUCCCAAAAAUUAUUAUAUACUUAUUUUUAAAAUCAGUUUUAAUUUUCUUUUUUCAAUUUUUAACUAUUUUAUUUUUGUAUUUUUCUAAAACUAUUGUUAUAUAUUUUAUUCUAAUUCGUAUCAUUCUUAGAAACACAAAAAAAAAAAAAAAAUGAGGUAGGUAUAUGUAUAUACAAUGGUAUAUUAUAUUAUACCUACCGAUUUAUACUACCUAAGUAGUACCUACUAUAUACCUACACAUAUUAUGAUGCCGAGUGUAUCUGCAGGAAUUGACAAUUUUCCACGCGCAAUUCAAUAGGACAUUAUCAAAUUACCUGCAGAUACACCCUGUAUAUAAUAUACAUAAUUUAUAUACAUUUACACAUAUACGAAUUAUUACUAACAAUUGUUUUAUUUUAAUAAAUUAUUAUUGUUGCGU